AUGAACUCGACGUCUUUCUUAGCGAGCGUACUCGACGGCAUUGACCUGGCUCUUGUAUUGCGACGACGUCUCACAGAAUGCCUCGAGGAUGUGAUGAUGGGUAUUCCCCUCCGCAUGUCGACGACGGAAUUCGAGGAGCUGGCUACGUCUCUUGACCCGCUAUGGGAUGCUAUGUGGAAUCACCAGGCAGGAUGGGAUGUACAGACCUUGAGCAAAACUGCCGUGGGGUUUGUCCAAUGUUGCAGUGCGGCACGCUAUUUUCGUCCAUGGGGCUCAAGCCACCUGCCACAUGUACUGCUUUACGCCGCUGUCAACGUCAAGGACAUUGCCAUUGCGACGUCUCUGGUCCAUGAGCUUCACACGCUGAUGGGCAAGUCAUUAUCGACGCCGCCAGCACCUCUGAUCGUCGCCUACAUGCACGAGGUCUCCGAUGCCAUAGACAUUUCGUCUAUCGUGUCACUGCUCCUGGAUGUCCUCGGCAAUGCGGCAUCCGUCGGCGGCCAGCUUCAUUCUGCGAUAGAAAUCGUCGGAAUCCUCUGUGCGAAGGCAUCGCUGCUUGACCACGUUCCCGGACACGACAUCUUUGAUACACUGGACGUUGCUGUCAAGAGAUCAUACCAGGGGGGAUCUCCAAGGACUCGUGCAAGCAUCCUGCAUGCGUAUUGCGAGUUUGUUCUGGGAGCUCUCAGGCUCGCACGCAUGAAGUACUCUGAUGCUCUACUAAGCGGGCGUUAUGAUAUCUUCACUGCCCUAGCAGACGGCCUCGUGAUUUAUACGGGCCUCGAUGCAGUGGAAAAGGCUGAUCCCAAGAAGAUGUACAAGGUCUUUGCGAUCUUGCUCCUGGUACUACUAAAGGCAGCCCUUGGAGACGAUCCCGCAGCGCCAACACUUUCUGUGGCCGUUCCCAGAGCCGCCGACAAGUUCAUCCUCGACAUGCGUACGACAGCAGCCGCAAAGAUGGGUGCUUUGAUCAAGGCCGUGCGCGACACACCUUCAUCGAAAAUAGGCUCCUCCGAAGGUGUGAAGAUGUGGCACGUGACUCUGACUAACCUCGUGCGCUUCUCUCUGGGCAUCGGAGCGCACCCUUUCUGCGCGCGCUCUUCUUGCAAAUAUACCCUUCGCCACCUUCCUAAGGGACGCGCGUUCAAGAAAUGUGGAGGGUGUAUAAUCGCACGGUACUGCUCGACUGAGUGCCAGAAGGCGGAUCGUAAGGCUCACAAAGCGAAUUGCGGCAGGAAUCUCAAGGAGGGUUGA